AGACGCAUCAGCCCUAAUUGCCUGAGAUUUCACAGCCGCAGGUGAAUGGUGGGGUACUACUAAUGUGACCGAUCAGCCAAGCAUGUGCUUUGAGUACCUUUUCCCAAGACGUCCGCGAUUCAGCAGUCUGACUUAUCUAGCGGACGUACGCCUGUUUGAUGGAGCGUCUAGGGACUGCCGCGAAGGCCGGAGCUUGAUCCAUAUCAUCAGGUUCACGUGAAGGCCGCUGAGAGUUUUUCUUGCGAAGCUUUCAGUCUACCAUUGUCGCUGAAGGCGUGAUCGCAUACAUUGUCGCCGGGUUCGCAAACAUCGCACCGGAAUCGCUGAGGGCUUUAUUUCCUGGUGUCAUUAUCUGGUGCUAUCUGGUGCGAUCGUCGCCAUCACCUUGGUCAUCGCUGAGGGGUUCUUUUUUUCGGCAGCAUGGUCCAGUACCCCAUACCCCGGCUGCGAACGCUAGCCGAUAAGCUCCGCCUCCCCCCCGCGGCUCUCCCAUGGGCGCUUCUCUCGCUGGUCGCCGUCGUUCUCAUGCUCCUCGGCUCCCUAUGGACGUCGCAGCAGUCCUCCGCGCAGCACGAUCAGGUAGUGGCGCAGCUGCUGCGGGAGAAGGAGGCUCUUAAACUCAACUUCGACGAGGUCAUCACGAAGCGCUCGCACGGCCAAGCGGAGCUGGACGGAUUCCGUCAGCAGGUGACUCAGCUCACGGGGGAAUUAGCCAAGAAGACGGCGGAAGCGGCGGAGUUGGCUACUAAGGCGCAGCAAUUGACGGCGGAUCUUGACAAGGCUAAGAAGGACACGAGUGCGGUGGACGGUUUGAGAAAGGAAAUGGAGGAGCAGAAGAAGAAACUCGCUGAGGAGCAGCAGGCAGCGGCGGGCAGAGCGGCAAAGGCGGAGGACGACGCGAGAAAGUGCCGCGAGGAAGCUGCCGCGAAGGAGAAGAAAUACGUGACGGACGUGCGGGAAGGGAAGGCUGCGCCGCCCGGAGCGGAGGAGAUCGCGGAUCUGAUUGAUCUUUCCGUGAACCUCACGCAGCGCGUGCUGAAGCUGGAAGGCGACGCGACUGCGGAGAAGUUCCAGACCGAGGCGCGAAUAAGGACGCUUCUAGACCAGGCUGUGGGGAGCACCGCGGCGUAUCCGGAGGAGCUGAGGAAGGAUCUAAAGACGACGCGAGACGCGUGCGUGCGCGCGGGGUACGCGUCUACGGAGCUGAAACGGACGGUGGCAGAUCUGUCCAUCUACAAGCACAAGCAGAACACGGCGGCCGCUGCAGGGAAGGCUGGGGAGGGGGAAGGGGAGGAGGAAACUGGAGGCCCGCUUGCGGUAUGUCGGUCCGCGCGAUGCAAGGCGAGUGACGAGGAGCUUAGUCGGUUUAUGAACUACACGGAGAAGGAGUUCUGCCCCGACGACUGGUCCUUCGUCCAGCAGCUGAUCUUCGACCGCGGCUGCCACUCGUUGCCGCGGCGCCGGUGCUUCGCGGCGAAUUUCACGGGAUUCCAGAACCCUGUGCCAUUCCCCAACUCCAUGUGGAAUGAGAGUGCUCUCAUGGAUACUAACGUGAACUGGGAGCAGCACACGUGCAAGUCCUGGGAGUGUUUAAAAUCCGGUCCAGGGCAAGUGAACGACUGUAAGGACUGCUUUAAUCUCGAGGUGGAGAAGACGCGGUGGAAGGGCGGGAUCCGGGGGACGAUUUCCAUGGAGGAGGUUUUCCAUCUGACCAACAACACGCUCCGCAUUGGAUUGGACAUUGGCGGCGGCUCGGGCAGUUUCGCUGCCCGGAUGCAGGAAUUCAACUGCACGGUGCUGACCACGGGAAAGAACUGGGCAAGCCCGAAAGAAAAAAACUCUACAGAGCCUACUGGGGUGCCUUAUAUGGAGGCGGUGGCAGCGCGGGGGCUGGUGCCGCUAUACCUGCCGUUCUCGGCGCGGCUACCGUUCUAUGACAACACGAUCGACGUGAUCCACACGGGCACGAGCAUCAACGACGUGGACUUUGAGGAGUUCGAGGAGAUGUUCUAUGACUGGGACCGCGUGCUCAGGCCCGGCGGGGUCAUCUGGUUCGACCUGUUCUACUCGCAGGUGCGCAAGAUGCCGCUGUACAUGGAGAUAGUGGACAUGUUUAAAUACGAUCAGUUACACCGCGCGGUAACGCCGUCCCUGGGUGCCGCUGGGCUUUAUGUGCACAUGAGCUUUGUGCUGCAGAAGCCACGGCAGAGAGAUUUCACUCUCCCACCUCCUGAACCGUUUGAGUGAGGGCGAGUUUUCCAGGAUACGGAGGAAAAUUAGGGCAUGGGGAGGGUCUGAGAUUGGUGGCACACGUUGGAAGGGCCGGAGCCGGAGACUAAUCGAAUGAGAGUGCUGUGCGGAACGAUACCUAGGUAGAUGGUUUGGUCAUGGUGGCCACAGGCUCUUGUGGAAGAUGCGUGAACACGCGAAGGGAAGAUAUUAUAUUGUCGGCGUGGGCUUGCUAAGGUAGUGCGCCUUGUGAUUUGUAGCGUGUGCGGCAAUGUUUUCUACCAAUUACAUUGGAUAUAUUAUUGUGACAUGUAGUGUU